AUGACUGCCAAACUAAACGGAGAAUCGAAGAAGAAAUCAAAGAAAAAAGAAACAAAAUCGGAUGCAAACUGUAAUGGGAAUGCAUCUAGUUCUUCUGAUGGCGAGAAACCCACAGAUAUUGACCCCCAGGUACAGGCUGGUGCAUUCACAAAUUUCCGCAUUUCUGAAAACACCAUUAAGAAAUUAAAGCAUAAUAGCAUUGAAUAUUUGUUCCCUAUCCAAGCACAGACUUUUGAUUUUGUUUAUGAUGGCCAUGAUUGUAUUGCACAAGCUCGAACUGGUACAGGCAAAACACUCUCUUUUGUUCUGCCUUUGGUUGAAAAACUUCAGAAGAAAAAGAAGACCAAAGAAGGCAGAAUGCCCAGGGUAAUUGUUCUGGUUCCAACUCGUGAAUUGGCCAAACAAGUCUUUGAAGACUUUUUGACUGUAUCAGGAGAUCUGUCUGCUUUUUGCAUCUAUGGUGGAGUGCCAUAUGAACCACAAGAACGUGCUCUAUGGAAGGGAUUGGAUAUUCUCGUUGGAACACCAGGCAGAAUUCUUGACCACAUUCAGAAAGGAAAUGUCAAUCUUAAGAAAACAAAGCAUGUUGUGUUGGAUGAAGUGGACCAAAUGUUAGAUAUGGGAUUUGCUGAAUCAGUGGAUGAAAUCUUGAAAGUUGCUUAUGAGAAAGAUGAGGAAAAUAAUAAGCCACAGACCCUCUUGUUUUCUGCCACCAUGCCCCCAUGGGUGUACAAAACAGCUCAAAAAUACAUGAGUAAAGAUGUGAAGAAAGUAGAUCUGAUUGGGCAGCAACAAGUGAAGACCUCAACAACUGUACAGCACCUUGCCAUUAAGUGUAACUUCCAGGAUCGUUAUGGUACAAUUGCUGACAUCAUCCAGGUGUAUAGCGGAAAUCACGGGCGAGCCAUUGUUUUUUGUCAGACCAAGAAAGAAGCUGAUGAGCUUGCUCUCAGUGCUUCUAUGAAGUUAGAUGCUCAUGUACUACAUGGUGACAUUCCACAAGACAAGAGAGAACUUGUUCUCAAGAGUUUCCGUGAGAGCAAAUAUAAAGUUCUCUUAACUACUGAUGUGGCUGCAAGAGGAUUAGAUAUUCCUGAAGUUGAUUUGGUUGUGCAAUGCAGUCCCCCUAAAGAUGUAGAUUCAUAUAUUCAUCGUUCAGGUAGAACAGGACGUGCUGGACGAUCUGGGACCAGUGUGUUGUUUUAUACGCCCCGUCAAGAACAGGACCUCAUGUGGGUUGAGCGGAGAGCAGGUGUUUCCUUCAAGAGAAUUGGUGCUCCAACCACGUAUGAUAUUAUAAAAACAUAUGCCAAAGAUGCUGCUAGAUCGUUAGAUAAUGUUCCUGAUGAAACCCUUGAAUUCUUCCGGGAAUCUGCUACAACUCUGAUUGAAGAGCGAGGAGCAGAAAAUGCUUUAGCUGCUGCAUUGGCUGUUAUCUCUAAAAGCACAAAGAUAAUUUCACGAUCUUUAUUGAGCUCAAAAGAGGGAUAUGUAUCUUAUCUGUUUAAAACCAAUAUAGAAAUACGAUCCCCAGGUUACAUGCUUAAAGCUAUAGAAAGACAGGUUCCUGAAAUAUCGUCAAAGGUUGGGCAGAUACGCUUGACAAAAGAUCGAAGAGGUGGUGUGCUUGAUAUUCCAAGUAAUCUGACUCAAAUUAUGGACAUGAAGUGGUUAGAUACAAAAUACGAAUCACUUGAAAAAGCAACAGAAUUGCCUGAAUUAAUGGAUGAAAAUCCUCCAAUGAGGAAUGACAGACGUGGCUAUGGCAAUACUGCUGGCAGCAGUGGCCGUGGAGGCUGGGGUCGUGACCGGAACUCAAGAGGAGGAUUUAGCAGGGGUGGUGGUGGAGGGAUGCGUAGGCCUGAUAAUGGUUGGCGAAAUGGAAGGGAACUACUGGUUGACCAUUUUUCCUUUUCUUUUCAGGGUUUUAGUAACCCUCUGCACAACAUCCAGGCAUCCUCCCUGUCUCAGAACCUGUAA